GUUAUGUCAAUCAGCCGAAUGAGCGUCACGGGCUCAGUUUCGGCCUUGCGCACCCCUUCAAACAGAACCGACGAUUCGGCAUCACCGCAGCCUCGUCGUCUAGAGGUCGUUUCAAAACAAGCAACCAAAGUCACCGCCAUAUCGACUCGACUGGAAUGGAAAAUUGAUCAGUUUGAAAAAUUGAUGAAAUUGUUCAAAAAUGGUCAUAACUUGAUCAGUAAACAGUUCGGUUGCCCGCAGGCGCCGACAGUUACUUGGGAAUUACACGUUUACCCGAAUGGAAAAAGAGAGGAAGAUGCUGGAAAUGUAUCCUUCUUCUUGAGACAAGUCGGACUUCAACGUGGUGAAGAGCCAAUAAUGACCGAAUUUCAAAUAUAUGCACUCGAUGCGAACACGUUAAGAGUGAGUGUGUGUCGUGAUACGAAAGAUUUCACCAAUCAACAAGGACGUGGCAAAUUCCAGGUAUCGCGUGAGAAGAUGAUGGCAGCAUUGAAACCUGACGGAGCGUUGUUAUUAAUUUGUGAAGUGGAAUAUUUCCCGCCGGGAUCGAAGAUUAGUGUGGAACAAGCGGUGGAGCCAGAGCAGAGUGACGAUUAUGAGGAGAAGAGUGAAUUGUCAAUUCGAGAUGCUCUGAAGGAGAUGUUGGACAGCGAGUUGUUUGCAGAUUGUUGUAUUAAGGUUGGUAACAAGACCCUUCGGGCGCAUCGUUGCAUAUUGGGUCAGCAUUCCGAAGUGUUUCGGUCGAUGUUUGCACAGGAGUCUAUGCUGGAAGCACAGAAAGGAGUUAUUGAUAUUCAGGACUGCAGGUUUGAACCGGUGCGCGCGAUGAUAGACUACAUAUAUACGGGAUCGACGGAGCUUGUGGAGGGCUAUGCAGAGGAUGUGCUUGCGAUAGCGGAUAAAUACGCGAUAUUGCCACUGAAAGAGCAGUGUGAACGUUACCUGGCCACCACGAUCAACAGCAAGAACGUUGCCUCUACUGCGGUCUUCGCCGAUACGUUUUCUGCAUCGAUUCUUAGACAGGUUUGUGCUAACGUUGAGCGUAACACUCACCUGCUUUUCAACCUGAUGAGUACGGAUACAUGGCGAAUCGUCUGCAUCACUUACAAUAUAAACGCUCGUCAAACAGAAAGUGAUCAGAUCUAUCAAUUGCUCGAUCAGGAAGAUGUGGGCAAUUCAGAUGUUUGUGCUAUUGCCUUACAGGUCCGGUGGCUAGAUGAGGUAACUUCAGUGGACGGUAUCGUGUGCAUUUACUAUCCGAAAGAUAGACCAAUAUACAGUGGUGUUCGGGAGGGAAUUCUUCCUGUAGGUGCGGGCAAGUUUUCAGUCUGUAGAGGUGCAUCCAUGGGAAGGGGAUUGCGAAGUGCGGAAUUGGAGUUAUCUCAUUCGGAAUUGUUCGGAACAGUUCCAUCAGAAGUGACAUGGCAGUCGAACUUUACAGCGUGGAUGAUUGCAAAUGGACGUUGUUUGGUGGGCAAACAGUCAUCUGCGUCGAAUUUAUUGCUGGUGUUCGCCAGGUUGCAUCUGUUCAGAUGGAUCGAUAAGAUUGACUCGAAAUGUAGUAGAUCUUCUUUUGGUAAUGAUCAGGAUGAAAGUUGGUUGGUAUUCGCAUCAUCGCAUUUAUUACCGCAUACUGAUGGUUAUGAAGCGCGUUGCUUGCAAUAUGGAUAUGGGAAGGCGGCCAUUUUCGAGAAUAUCACUGAUAAUGGGCAUGCGAUUAUGUGGCUUGGCGAUAUGAAUUGGCGUGUGGAUGCACUCAGCGCGCAGCAGAUGUUUGACAGAUUGAAUGCAGUUAAAACCGAUGAAGAAAUGGAGCGACUGGUUGAUGAAGUGGAUCAGUUGCGUAGAGCGCAACGCGAUAAUAAAGCCUUCACCGAUUUUCGUGAAGCCCCAAUACAUUUUGCACCAACUUAUCGCAUUCUCGUUGGACGGACAAGGUUCGAUGCAGAACGGGUACCGUCGUGGUGCGAUCGUAUUUUGUACCGAGGCGAACGUUUAGAGUGUUUGCGAUAUUCAGAUAACCGUUUAAUCACGAUAUCGGAUCAUUUUCCGGUGUGUGCGCAAUUCAAUUUCCAUUUAGUGACACCCCAGCGAGGCACCACUCAAACGACCCCUCAGUGGAAUAUCGAGUUCGAGCCGAUACCUCGUUGGUUCAGUGUGGUGCCGUUCACGUGUCGAUUCUCGUUCCGCAAUAAGUUCUGGCAAAGGUUCGGUUCCUAUCGCGACUGGGUCGGUGUAUUCCCGUCGCAACUUCCCGAUCCGAGCCGUCCACUGCAUUGGCUCUAUGCGGUGAUGUGCUAUGAAAGCGUUAUCGGUGCUAGAACGUUGAAUGUCGCUGAAUUUUCAUGCUUAGCACCCGGAGCGUACAGACUCGGCUAUUGGAGUGUUACGCAGAACUGCCUUCAGGGCAUUUCGAAUCCCUUCGAAAUCGAACAUCUUUCCUCAUCAUAA